AGUUUAGUAAGUAGAGGCGUUGACAUUUUAGCACAAUUUUGUGUUUUGUCGCACAUAGGGUAGUAGCAGACGAAAUGCAAACUAAAUAAAAAGCCCCGUGUUUGGUGUGUGGUGUCGUGCAGCUCGGAAAAUGGACUCGUCCGCGUUAAUAACGCAAUUUCGAGGCUCGGGAUAAACAGAUUCGGCCGAAAAAGUGAUUUUUAACUUUCAAAAGAGUAUUCACAUUGGUCGUCACGAAAAUGAAUUGCUUGUUUACACCCAAAAGUUUGAAACGGACUAUGAGUGAACCACGGAAAAAUGUUAUUAGUUCAGCAUUUUUUAACGACAUUUUGAUUGAAAGUUUACAAUAAUAUGCUCGUUAGAUGUAAAUUGAAGGUGUAAUUUGCAUUUUAUCCAUGUUCGAUAUCUAAGUAGUAAUUCUACAAAUUGCAAGUAUGGAGGAGAAUAUAGAAUGUGGCGGUUUCACAUUUUUUAAUAAUUUCGACUCAGCGAAUCUUGCUAAGGUUGAGGCCGUUGAAAUCAAUAAGACUGACAAUGGAAAAGGUGAAAACAAUAAAACCUACAAAAGUUCUUCAUCAAUUGAACUUCCAAUCUAUGAAUUCAACAUUUGGACAAAGCACGAUUGCCAUGGAACAGAAUACCAAAACAAUAACAAAACUUGGUUUCAUUUUGGUAUUAAAGCAGCUGCACAAGGUGUUUACGUUAAACUCAAUUUAGUUAAUCUCAACAAACAAGUGAAAAUGUUCAGCCAAGGAAUGUGUCCCGUGUUUAAAGUAAUUCCAGGACACCCACAAUGGGAAAGAAUAAGGGAGAAACCUACAUUUACAGCAGAUGACAAAAACAAUGAAUUCAUUUUGUCGUUUAAUUAUCGCACAUCAGAAAAUCCCAAUGCUAUUACUUAUUUUGCAUUUACGUAUCCAUUUUCUUACACAGACUUGCAGAAUCACUUGAAAAAGAUAGAUGCAAAAAUGACAAAGCAAAAUGUUAAUCUUGCUGAUGACAUUUAUUAUCAUAGAGAAAAUGCUAUAAAUUCAUUAGAAGGUCGAAGACUUGAUAUCCUGACAAUAAGUUCAUACUACAACAUACUGACAGAAAGAGAGGCCAAACUAAAAGACUUAUUUCCAGAUGAAAACGAAGAAAGGCCAUUCAAGUUCCAAGAUAAAAAGAUCAUUUUUAUAAGUGCCAGAGUACAUCCUGGAGAAACACCUUCCAGUUUUGUUUUAAAUGGAUUUUUAAAUUUAUUGCUAAACAGGGAAGAUCAGAUAGCUAUAGCUUUACGUCGACUUUAUGUCUUCAAGCUGAUACCAAUGCUUAAUCCAGAUGGUGUAGCUCAAGGCUAUUAUAGAAUGGAUACAAGAGGAGUAAAUCUCAAUAGACUAUAUCUCAAUCCAUCAAAAACUGAUCAUCCAACAAUAUUUGCAGCAAAAACACUGCUUAGGUAUUAUCACAAUUCGUAUUCCUUGGCAGACGACCAUGUUCCUGAAAUAACCAAUAUACAUAAUAUCAGUAACUUUGAUACUACAAGCAGCAUUGACACUAUUUCCAAUGAAACAAACAAAUUGCUACAAAGGGUAACUCUGAUGUCUCUUGAAGAAAAGAAUAAAGUUAUAGAACAGGGAAGCCGCGUAAGAAAUUGCUUAGUUCAGGCAUCUGAAAAAUCAAUAUUGAAAAGUCAAGGAUACAUUGAGAACCAACCUAAAUCUAUAGAAUCUGUAGAGAAUGUUCCAUGCAAAAGAUUGUGUUCAGCCAGUAGUAUAAAACAAUCUCCACGAAGUUCGUCAGAAGAUUCAGGAAUAUUUUUGUACAUUGACUUCCAUGGUCAUGCAUCGAAAAAGGGCAUUUUUAUGUAUGGAAACCAUUUUGAUGAUCCAGAAGACUCAUCAGCUUGCAUGCUGUUACCAAAAUUGAUGUCUAUAAAUAAUCCUAAUUUUCACUUCACGUCGUGUAAUUUUGCCGAGAAAAAUAUGUACCUUGUUGACAAGCGAGAUGGUAUGUCACGUGAAGGUUCUGGUCGAGUAGCUGUGUAUAAACUUACUGGUUUAGUUCACAGCUACACUCUAGAAUGUAACUAUAACACUGGGCGACUAGUUAACACAGUACCUGCAAGAGUUAAAGAAGGGUUACAUAAAAUUCGUGGUCAGUUGUUUGUACCACCCAAGUACAAUCCAGCAAUUUUCGAAGAGGUUGGGGCUGCUCUUGGACCAUCGAUACUUGACAUGACUGGUAACAAUCCUAACAGCAGAUUACCGAAUAGUCAGUAUCGUUCGCUGAAAGGUCUCAAAUCGUAUUUGAAAUUAAUAUCCACUAAUCACUAUCAAACGUCGUUGAACAAACCUUUGCAUAAGGUAAAUCUUUCUGAUACAGAAAAUGAUGUUAUUGAUGUUAAUGAUGUUGCAAAUGCUGAAAUAAGACAGUGCAUCCUAUGCUGACAUUGAAAGUUACACAAAACAAGUGAUCAAGCCAGUUAUUGUGCCUUAUGGCAACUAUGUAGUAUUUAUAAAAGUAGUACCUAAGUAUUAACUGAAGAUUUUGAAUUAGACAAAUUAAUUGAACGUUGUAGAGAUUUAUAUAGAAUCGUAUUUAUUUAAUUUAUUGAGUCAAAUUUAAAAUUUUAUCUUUAACGUAGGUAAAUGAAAUUCGAGAUAUUAUCAAUAGUUUAUCAAAUUUAUAAUGAGUUGAACCUAAUAUAGCUAUAUUUAAAUGCAAGCUUUUCUAGAAAAAUUUAAAAAGUAUAAGUUUUGAAGCAUAAUAUGCAGAAACCAAAGGGGCUUCCUUACACUUGUUUAAACAAAAUUACGCUUUAUGACAAUGUUUUGGUAUUAUAGUAAGCACAUUAUUAUUUUUUACUUUUACGUUACUUCAUUUGCUUCAGGUGGAUUGGGACAGGAAAAUUAAACGUAUAAUUAAUAAUUUUUAACGACAUUUAACAAUUGUAUUUUCUUGUCUUUGUCUUCCUGAUCUUUUGCAGCACUUUUUACAUCAGUAGAUUACAGCAGUGUAGUAAAGAUAGAUAUCCUUGAGACAAAGAAAUUCAUACAAAUAUUAAUUUCGAUGAUAAGAAAUGACGGCGAGUUACUGUAGGCAAAUAUCUUCUUCUAUUCUAAACCAUCGGUAGGCGCUGACGAAGAAAACGCUGCUGGAGGAAUAUCUAUUUCUAUUGAAAACUGCUGAUAUAAGCGCACGAUAAAUUAUCUUUUCUUCGCAUUUAUGUUGGCACCUAAUUUUGACAAUUUUCCUGAUUUCUUAGCACACACAUGUUAUAAAACUCUAUAAGGGUAACAUUAACUUUUAUUUUACGCUAUUAUUUCUAUUUAUAGAUAGCUGGAAAGACUGUAGUAUAGCAAAAAGGCAUAAUAUGCUUACUGGAUACCUUAAAAAAAAUUAUUACAUUUCUCACGCUUUGUUUGCCGCAACAAAAUGUGAUUGACUGAAAAAAAUAUAUUGACGUGUUCAGUGACUCAACAAACAAAUUUAUAUAUAAAUAACUAUAAAUAUGUAUAGUGUAAUGUUUCCACCCACAUGUGCAUAUAUAUAUAUAUAUAUAUAUAUAUAUAUUGAUAUGUAUAUAUAUGUGUGCGAAAUUUGUAUAUGGAUGAAUCUGUUCCACACGUACGAGGCGGCAGUUUUGAUAUAUACAUAUGUGUAUAUAUGAAUAUGUGCAUUAACAUAUAAUUUAUAAUGUUUUGUAGAAAAAAAAAA